UUGUGCACGUCCGACCCGUAGUUAUCCACCAGCUAUUAUAGGUCUUCGACAGUCAUCAGUCGACUUCGCGAAACCGUGAAAAUGCGUAACGCACUUAUACUCUGACGACUUUUAAGACUCGCCAUUUUAGAGUUAAUAUCCUUUUAGUUAGUGAACUGUACAGUAUUUUGUUCUAUAGACUGGCGUUUCAACGACAUAAUAUCUUGUUCAAUCGUUUUUUUUUUUACCCCUUGAUCGAAUGUCCUCACUGUGGGAUUUAUACAUCUCACAUAUUACAUAGGUAGCAGUGACUUGAAUAACUGAUACAAUUAAUUCUGGAGAAUAAUCAUGGCCGAGAGUUCGAGCCUGUGGACGACCAAGCAAAGGAUUCGUCAUUUAGAUCUACCGAUUAAAAACUUUGUCGAGAACGCGAUUCCUUACCAAGUGGAGACACUGAAAACGUUAAAAUCCAAUCUUGCCAAGCAAAGACGUUUAGAAAAUCGUAGCAGUAUGCGUCAAUUACAAAUGAAAGCCUCACAAUCCAUCAGACGCGCAAGAGCAUUACUCAGGGAGAUGGAAACCUUAAGAAAUCAGGUUGCUGAUGUCGAUCUGCAGACCUUUGACAACUCGAUGAAUCCAAGCAAACAAUUGAUAUUGGAAGCUAUUGAUAUGUUUAGAAAUGAAGAUUUAAAUGAAUACAAAUCUAGUGCUGUACCAGAAGAAACUUAUAAAGACAACACUGAACAAUUAGAAAUAGAAAAUCAAAAACGCAUGUUUUUAAUAUCUAUUGAAGAAGAAAAACAAAAACAGGAAAAAAUGUUAGCAAUUGAAUCCGAUGUUAAAAAUGUUGAGAAAGACAUACAAGGCAUUCAAGAUCUGUUUCGAGAUCUCAGUAAAUUAGUAAAUGAACAAAAAGAAGAUGUCGAAAAAAUUGAUGCUCAUGUUGAGACAACACAUGAAAAUGUGAUUCAAGCAGAACAGUCAUUACGCAAAGCAGCCAAAUUGAAGAAAAUGUCUUAUCCGCUUAUUGGAGCUGUGGUUGGGUCUUGUGUUGGAGGUCCAUUAGGAUGUUUGGCUGGUGCUAAAGUUGGAGUAUUUGCCACUGUUACUUGCUUUGUACUAGGAUUUACUGGCGGUAAAGUACUGAAGGACAAAUCUAAUGCUGUGGAAGAAACAGAAAACACAACCAAUGAUUUAGUUAAUCAAACAGUAAAAUCACAUACUGAAUGAUCACUAUUUUAAUUAAGCAUUAAAAUUUAUGACAAAUAAUUGAGAUUAAAAAGAAAAGGAAAUGGUUGACAUGUUA